AUGGCCGCCCUCCAAACUAUCGAAGUUCCACACCUAGGUGGCAUCAAAGCUGGAUACGCCUUUUCUAAGGACCACUAUGAUCCUUCCAAGCCGACAUGUGUGCUCGUUAAUUCUAUGUGCAUGACCGUAUCUCUCUACCAUGAUCAAUUCAACAAUGAAGCUCUGACAGAUACCAUGAACCUUCUGGCCAUUGAGCCAUUAGGCCAUGGCUCUACCAGUUCUCCCUCGGAACACUUUACCUACUGGGAUUCUGCCCACAUGGCCUUACAGAUUAUCGGUCUCAUGCCCCUUGGGACCUCCAUGGAUUAUGAAUCCUUGGAUUCUCGGUCCAAGGGCUGUUGGGACCCUGCUGCCAAUCUCACGGUAUUUUAUGAAAAGUGGACCAGUCCCUCGGCUACACCCGACUUUGUUGUGGAUGAUGUCUGGUGCGGUCUAGUGGGGGGAAUUGGCUUUGGUACCGCUGCCAACGAAACGAGAUCCUCGUUCUGGACUCAGACUUUGAAGGAAGUGUAUAAAGGUGAUGAGGGCCGGAAAAAGGUCCGAAUGGCGCUCAAUUGCCUACUGGAGAGGGAUGGGCUCCUGCUUCGGAUCGGGGAUAUCAAAUGUCCUGUCUAUUGGUUGCAGGGAACUGAAGACACUCCUUUUGGGACGAUCGUUCCUGCGGAACAGAUUAAACGUUUUACCUCGUCUGUGGAGGCCAAACUGGUGAUGAUUGAAGGGGGUGCCCAUUAUCUGAAUGCCACUAACCCAAAGGAGGUCGAUGAGGCACUUCUGGAGAUGGUAACGAAAUAUUCCGUAUAG